AUGACAGAAGUCAGUAUACCUGUAGCUGCCAUUUACGAACAUCAAAGUGGUGGAUUGAAUUUUGGUGGUGGAGAUUUGAAUGUGAAUGAUCGUAUUGUCUCUUGUCAAAAAAGUAUGCAAUCUUAUGAACAUAGAAUUUUAGAUAUUGAUAAUUAUCUAGCUGAUGAAUUUGAAGUAUUUUCCAUCACGACAAAUUUCAUAUAA